AUGGUUCAAUUCUCCGAGGAGACCAAGGUUGGAACGUGUUUCCAAGGUCAUCGAUAUUUCCAGAUUCGCCAUCCACUAGUAAGACUUAUGCCGAUUUCCUACAUUCGUAUCAGCAACCGGGCUAACAUCAUCGUGCUUUUUCAGCGGCUACUUGCCACUCAUCGUUUACCUAGGCUACACCUACAGCGAACCGAAGCCGUCUUUGUUCAAGCUGUUCUCGCCUCUUGCUUAAAUGCCUACCGGAUAGUGAAUAUCGAAUGGGAUCUGGGCGAAUCUGGGAACCUAGGGAAAGACUUCAUUACGCUGAAGACACUUGAUACAUGCCUCUUCUUUCUGUCUUUGAAGGCGGACCGUUCUAUGACCCAGAGCGUCCACCCUGUUACAUGUCUUGUUCGCACCUUAAUUGCGGCGCGGCGCGAGUCCGGAAGCCGAAGUCUCCCGCGCGGCAGAAAACAUUCUCUCCUUUACGUCUCCUCACCACCCUACAAACACACUUUUCUAAGGUUCAUGACUGGCCAUGGCUUGUCGUCAUCCUUUGUGGAGACCGUAGCAGGAUUCACAGCGGGAAUUGCUACAACUCUCUCCCUCCACCCACUUGACUUGGUCAAGACAAGACUGCAGGUUGAUCGAAACUCUUCUUCUCGGUUUGGCAAUUCAUUGCGCAUCGCUCAUCGCGUAUUCCAAACGGAAGGCGGCGUAGCUGCUUUCUACCGAGGUCUGGCUCCGAAUCUUAUCGGCAACUCGACAAGUUGGGCCUUGUACUUCCUAUGCUACAGUAGCUUCAAAGAUGUCAUUUGCAUGUGCCGGGAGCGAGAUGGGCGGAUGCUCACAUCAUUUGAUUACUUUGUUGCGUCGGGCACUGCUGGUGCGUUAACAUCCAUUCUUACGAAUCCGAUCUGGGUAAUCAAGACCCGCAUGUUAUCCACCGGAUCGCAUGCUCCGGGCGCUUAUCCCUCAUCUGUCUCUGGGGCAAGACAGAUUUACCACUCGGAGGGUGUAUCGGGCUUCUACCGAGGUCUUGUGCCCGCCCUCUUUGGUGUUAGUCAGGGAGCUCUUCAGUUCAUGGCUUAUGAAAAAUUAAAGGUGUUCCGAUCUAGGUCGGGACAGGAUGCGCCUUUGGGCGACGCGAGUUCCGGCGCAGGGCGGAAGCUUGGUAACUUUGAUUUUCUGGCUCUCUCCAGUCUAUCCAAGGUUUUCUCGGGCUGCAUCACAUAUCCAUACCAAGUUGUCCGGUCGCGCUUACAGACUUAUGAUUCGCACCUGUUUUACCGAGGUGCCAUCGAUGCCGUUGUCAGGAUCUGGGCCCAAGAGGGGCUCGCGGGAUUUUACAAAGGUCUGGGUCCCAAUUUAUUCCGAGUGCUGCCGAGCACUUGGGUGACCUUUUUGGUCUACGAAAAUACGAAGGUCUAUUUGUCCAAGUUUUAG